AUGGAGCCGUACGUGAUGCUGGACCCACGACAGCGAGCGCUGUAUCGCGACGUGAUGCAGGAGAGCUACGAGACGCUGAUGGCACUGGAAUUCCCCGUUUCCAAGCCCGAUCUGCUGUCCCGCCUGGACCACGGGGAUGAACCUACAGCCCUGGAUCUCCACGUGCCCAGGGACACCCUGGCCGCAGAGGAUGGAGCAGGAGCGGCGCAGGAACCCCUUCGAGAAGAAGCUGCUGAGAAAGAGCCCGAAGUGGUGAAACCUGCAGGCGAGGAGCAACCUUCAAGCCCCACCGACGCCGGGGCAAAGGCGGGCAGGAGCGGGGGACCAGGAGAGACGGCCACACGCCUGGGCGAGAGCCAACCCAGCAACACGUGCAGCGAGUGCGGGAAGAGCUUCAGCCACAAGUCAGCCCUGGUGAAGCACCAAAAGAUCCACACCGGCGACCGCCCACACGAGUGCCCUGACUGCGGCAAGUGCUUCAUCCAACGCUCGGACCUCACCAUCCACCAGCGGGUCCAUACGGGCGAGCGGCCCUACGCCUGCCCCGACUGUGGGCGCCGCUUCAGCGUCAGCUCCUCCUUGCUCACUCACCAGCGUACCCAUGCGCCCGGCGGGGAGAAACCCAACCGUUGCCCCCAGUGCGGCCGCAGCUUUGCUGAUCCGGGAGCCCUUGACCGGCACCAGAAGAGCCACCUGGGUGGGAAACCCUACGAGUGUGGCGUGUGUGGGAAAGCCUUUGCCUGGAGCUCCCACCUCGAGCGGCAUCGGCGCAUCCACACCGGUGAGAAGCCCUUCCAGUGCACCGAAUGCGGGCGAGCCUUCGCCUGGAGCUCCCACCUCGACCGCCACAUGCGCACCCACGCUGCUGCCGCUGCCGCCGCCUCCGAGGACGAGGAGGACGGGGAGGCGGAGGAAGAGCCCCCGCCACCCCCCCAGAAAUGCGCCGACUGCGGCAAGCGCCUCAACCACCAGACAGACCCCCAGCGCUUCAAGCACAAGGGCACCCAGACGCCGCCGGCCGGUGCCGAGCCCACUGGCAGCCCCCCGCGGCCCUACCGCUGCGAGCAGUGCGGCAAAUGCUUUGGCCAGAGCUCCAACCUCCUCAAGCACCAACGCGUCCACACCGGCGAGCGGCCGUACCCCUGCCCGGAUUGCAAACGCUGCUUCCGCUGGGGCUCAGCGCUGGCCAAGCACCAGCGCACCCAUGCCCGAGAGCAGCAAGCCAGUGACACCACCAAAGCCGUGCCAGCAGCCACCGAGGAAGCCAGCGUUGAAGGAGGCGGCAAACCCUACCCGUGCGGGGCGUGCGGGAAGAGUUUCGGGUGGGUCUCACACCUGGAGCGCCAUCGCCGCAUCCACACGGGGGAGAAGCCCUUCCGCUGCGGGGAAUGCGGGCGGGCGUUCGCCGUCAGCUCCCACCUGGAACGGCACCGCCGGGUACACACCGGCGAGCGGCCCUACCGCUGCGGCGAGUGCGGGAAGAGCUUCGCCGUCAGCUCCACCUUGCUGGCUCAUCGUCGCACCCAUGCCGCCCAGCCCGGCCGGCCCCACGCCUGCCCCGAGUGUGGCAAGGGUUUUAGCACGCCGGCCAGCUUGGAGCGGCACCGGCGCCUUCACCGGGGUGAGAAACCCUACCAGUGCAGCGUCUGUGGCAAAGGCUUUGCCUGGAGCUCCCACUACGACCGGCACCGGCUCACCCACACUGGUGAGAAACCCUUCUCCUGCGCCCACUGCGGCAAAUGCUUUGGCCGCAGCUCCCACCGCAACCGGCACCAGCGUGCCCACACGCAGGGCGGCCCGGAGAAGCGGCACGUCUGUCCCGAAUGCGGCAAAGCCUUCGGCCUCGGCACGGCCCUGGCGGCUCACCAGCGACUGCAUGCCACAGCCGCCGGCACCGGGAGCCGCAGCACCCUCUCCUUGCUGCCGCCUGCAUGGUGGGAGGGCGAGAGGCGAGCGGGGACGCCCACCCCCUCCGAGCUCUGGCCCGAAGAGCCCAGCUCCGUUUUCCAGCAGCACCCUGUGCCUUCCUCCUCCUCUUCCUCCUCCGCAGCCCCCAGGGGCUGGGCUGCCAAGGCUCUCCUGCCCCCCACCAUGGCAUGGAGGCCUGGGGAGGGGGACACCCUGCAAAGCGAUGCCUCUGCCCCCCAGGAGCCCUGGGCUUCCCUGCCUCCCCCCAGCUCCUGA